AUGAAGAUAUUUCCGGCAGGCCUACUCGCGCUUGCCUGCUCUCUGGCAGCUGUCGUCGCGCAAGGCGGCAGUCCAGUCCCUUACAAAGUCCAGACACCACCCUUGGAUACUGAGUGGACGUACAAGGUUGGCACCAAUCCAUGGCCGGAGCAUCCCCGACCACAGCUCCAGCGUGAUGCCUGGCAGAGCCUCAAUGGCAUUUGGACGUUUCAGCCUGCCGGCCCUGGAGAUGGUGACUCCGGUAACCCCCCGGAUGGCCCACUUCAGAGCGAGGUUCUGGUGCCGUCCUGUAUCGAGAGUGGGCUCUCGGGACUGCAGGUGAUUAAUAUCACCGAUAUGUGGUUUGCGACCAGUUUCAAAAUACCGCAUAACUGGCAUGGGCAAAAUGUAAUCUUGAACUUUGAGGCUGUUGAUUACCAGGCAGUGGUGUUCGUGAAUGGAGCCAGGGCCGGGACCCACACCGGAGGAUAUUUUCGGUUCGGAGUGGAUAUAACCAAGUUUGUCAAAUUUGGCGGCGACAACAGCGUAGCCGUAUUCGUUCACGAUCCAACGGACCUGGAUGUCAUUCCAAUUGGAAAGCAGACUCGGAAUCCAAGCCAUAUCUUCUACCGAUCGUGCUCCGGAAUAUGGCAAUCUGUAUGGCUAGAGAGUGUGCCUUCAAACCAUAUAACACAGCUUGACAUUGCUGCCGGUAUGGAUGGAACAGUUUCCGUGACAGUCCACAGUUCGAACAAACAAGGUGUCUCUGCCAAGGUAUCCGUCAUCGGACUUGACGGUCGCAUCAUUGCUUCACAGAAAGGCCCUUCCGAUGAGGAGUUCAAAUUCAAGGUCAAGCAGCCAAAGCUGUGGUCCCCAAGCUCUCCGACUCUGUAUAACUUAACUGUGACUCUUGGUGAUGAUGAAGUAUCCAGCUACACAGGAUUCCGCACCAUUUCCACUGGUAAGGUUAAGGGUAUUCAAAGGCCGCUCCUAAACGGCGAAUUCACAUUCAUUUUCGGUACGCUUGACCAGGGAUUUUGGCCGGACGGGCUGUAUACGCCGCCAAACAGAGAAGCCAUGGUAUAUGAUCUGAAGAUGCUCAAAGGAUUGGGCUUCAACGCGGUCAGAAAACAUAUCAAGGUUGAGCCAGACUUGUUCUACCGAGCUUGCGAUGAAAUGGGUCUGAUGGUCAUCCAAGACAUGCCCAGUCUGACUAACGACGGGAAUCGGCCUCCUAAUCCUGACCAGCAGGCGGAGUUUCAACGUCAGCUCGAAAUUUUGAUCAAUGAGCAUAAGAGCUAUCCGUCGAUUGUUACCUGGGUCAUUUAUAACGAAGGAUGGGGACAGCUCAAGGGCCCACCAUAUCCUGAGUUUCAGCUUGUGGAAGUUGUUCGUGGCAUCGACUCAACAAGGCUUAUUGACGCGACGACAGGCUGGAAUGAUCAUGGCGCAGCGGAUUACUCAGACAACCAUCAUUACGCAAAUCCGCAAUGCGGAACGCCGUUUUAUUCCACCCCUUCUUCUCCGUACGAUCCCAACCGUAUUGGGUUCCAGGGCGAGUUCGGCGGCAUUGGCCACAACGUGUCAAUCGAACAUCUUUGGAAUGUGCAACAGGCCAUCAACACCAUCAAUCAAACUUACGAAGUCAAUGCUGACCUGGUUUCGUACAACUAUCGCGCAAGCGUCCUGUUCCGCGAAUUUCGCGAGCAGGUCGAGCGCUAUGCUUGUAGCGGCGGCAUCUGGACACAGACAACGGAUGUCGAGGGUGAAGUCAACGGCUUAUACACGUAUGACCGCCGUGUUCUGCGGCCAGAUCCGAGGCAAUGGAUAAGCGAUAUCAACAAACUAUACUCGGCUGCAGCAGGGAGGCGAUGA